AUGUUCAUGUCGUUGGGUUAUCCUAUUGGAAGUGCUUUAAGCGGUAUAAUACUGUCAUGGCUGGGCUAUUAUGGAGUAUUUCUGAUAUCAGCUUCUUUGUAUCUCUUCAGUUUAUUGUAUGGUUAUUAUUAUUUAGAGGAUCCAAAGAAAAAGUCAGAAGAAAAAGAAUUUCAACAAACGGAGCCUAGUAAAGGAUUUUUUCGUGAAUUUUUUGACUUGGCUUUGGUAAAAGAAACCUUCAAGGUGGCGUUUAGAAAAGGCAAAGGCAACAGGAGACUCAGGGUUUCAUUAUUAUUAUGUUGUGUAUUUGUGAUCUUUGGACCUGCAAACGGUGAAUUCACGGUUCUUUAUUUGUUCACGAGGUACAGAUUCAAUUGGGAUGAAGUCCAAUUCAGUAUUUGGUCUACAUAUUCCAUCCUUACCAACUUAAUAGGUACCUACUUCUCAAUAAUACUGUUUACUAACUACUUGAAGUUGGACGAUACACUUCUCUGCAUUAUAUCAAUGGGUAGCAAGAUCACUGCCUCUUUCGCCUACGCCUUCGCUAGAAACAACUUGGAAAUUUAUUUGGCCUGCUUACUGGAGACUUUGAAUGGAACCUCCUUUAUCGCAAUGCGGUCUAUCGCAACUAAAUUAGUUGACGGUGAAGAAUUUGGUAAAGUAAACUCCCUGUUUGGCCUAGCAGAAGCCAUGACACCAUUGGUGUAUGGACCUUUAUACUCCACAGUAUACGACGCUACGUUGAAGAUUCUACCUGGAGCAGUGUUCCUCAUGGGCUCCAUGUUAAUUUUACCUGCUGUUGCAAUAUUAACGUGGCUAUAUUUCGAACACAGAAAAGAUUUACGGCAAAGUGAAGCUUUAAAAACAGACGCCGAAAAGGAACAGACUCAACAAUUAUAA